AAAAUCUUAUCUUUGAGUCUCCCAAGAUCAGGAGUUUGUUAUUUACUGACCUGCAGAUUUAUAGUACUAAACAAAUUUGAAAUAAAGAAUAUUCCUGGAAAUACAUGGGAUCCGCGGCUACUAAAGCGGGAACACAACUGCAUAUUUCACUGUGAUUCUCUUCUCCUUCAUUUAUUAAAAGGAGAGGAAAAGGCUUUCACUACAACAGAAAAGGUUCAAUCUUUAUGGCUGCGUUUCAGAGUCUUGCCCCCUUUGUUCUUCUGUUACUAUUUGUUGGGUGCUCUGCCAGGCCUCUCUACCCACUUCCUAGCAGGAGAAACGACCGAAAUAAACAGCCUUUACAAACCUUUCGCCCAUAUAACAUUGCUCAUCGGGGUUCAAAUGGAGAAAUUCCUGAAGAAACCGCUGCUGCAUACAUGAGGGCUAUCGAAGAAGGUGCUGACUUCAUUGAAACAGAUAUUUUAGCAACGAAAGACGGUGUUCUAAUAUGCCAUCAUGAUGUAAAUCUCGAUGACACGACUGAUAUUGCGAAGCAUAAGGAGUUUGCAGAUCGAAAGAGGACCUACGAGGUUCAGGGGGUGAACAUGACAGGCUAUUUCACUGUUGAUUUCACACUGAAGGAAUUGCAGACCCUUGGGGCAAUACAAAGAUAUUCGUUUCGAGAUCAACAAUAUAAUGGACAGUUUCCUAUCAUUACUUUCGAGGAGUACAUCUCGAUUGCACUUGAUGCCCCUAGAGUUGUUGGAAUAUAUCCAGAAAUUAAAAACCCGGUGUUUGUUAAUCAACAUGUUAAAUGGCCGGGUGGUAAGAAGUUUGAGGACAAGUUUGUUGAGACACUAAGAAAGUAUGGAUAUGAAGGUUCUUAUAUGUCGAAGAAAUGGCUGAAACAGCCUGCAUUCAUUCAGUCUUUUGCCUCGACAUCUCUUAUUUAUAUAUCUAAUAUAACUGACCUACCUAAGGUCUUUCUGAUUGAUGAUCUCACAAUAUUAACAGAAGACACAAAUCAGACAUAUUCGGAAAUCACUUCAGACAAAUACCUCAACUUCAUCAAGGACUAUGUGGUCGGGAUUGGGCCGUGGAAGGAUACCAUAGUUUCUGUGUCAAACAACUACCUGCAGCCGCCUACUGAUCUUGUUGCCCGAGCACAUGCCCUUAACCUGCAGGUUCACCCAUACACGUUUCGGAAUGAGCACAAAUUCUUGCACUUCAACUUCAGCCAAGAUCCAUACAAAGAGUUCGAUUUCUGGAUAAACCAGAUGGGCGUGGAUGGACUGUUCACGGACUUUCCAAGCAGUGUUCGCCAGUUUCAGGAGUGGACUAACCCGCUGUCAGUAGGAGAAAAGGGAGCAUCUGGACUACUAGAUAGAAUUGCCUCAAUGAUCUUAAAGUCCAAACACACAUAAUAAGACUUAGAGGAGGUGUAUUAAUAAGUUUUCCCAAUAUUCAUGUGUAAUAACUCAUUUCACAGAUGUAUAUCUUGCAGUUUUUGAACAAUUACAGUUUUAAAGAAUCUGCCUUUUUUCAA